UCGCCAUUUUGCUUCUGCUGCAGGUUGAUUUUCACGGGUGUGCGAAAAGGGUGCGAAUUGUGCGUGAAUCCCAUCUAGCGGGGCGUGCGUGAGCGGCAAAGCGGCAACACAGGGUCGUGCGCGAAGUGCGGCAGGCGAGGUUUUUGUUUGCGAGCGCGUGAGAGAAACAGCCUUCAAGAUAGGCCUGUCUGAGACGGCGGUGAUGGAUAUAAUGGCUUCGAAUCUACAGCAACAGAGAGCCAUUGUGGACCAGCUGCGCCGCGAGGCCUCCAUGCAGCGCGUGAUGGUGAGCCAGGCGUGCGUGGACAUCGUCAAGUACGUGACGGAGCACGAGCAGGAGGACUGCCUGCUGGUGGGCUUCAGCAGCCAGAAGGUCAAUCCCUUCCGCGAGAAGAGCUCCUGCGUGGUGCUCUAAGGGGCGCGCGCGCGCGCGCCUCCCGCCAGCCUUUCUGUGUGUCCGUGUCUCCGGGGCGCGCGGCGCCCCCGUCGAAUCCACUCAGCCAAAGAGUCGAGGAGGGACGUGAAAAGAAUCCUCAAAGGGCGCCGAGCAGACCUUAUUUAUUCUUUUCCAGCUGCAUUCUUCAUUAUCACACACCGUUUAUGGAAUAAAUAUUUGUAACACUGUCGAAAAA